AUGUUGAAGUUGAAAUUCAAGAAAGUCGACGACCUCUGGACCGUAAUUCCAUCUGGUACGAAGAGUCUGACGAAGCAUUCAUCCUCCCAAUCUAGAGAUGCUUUUAAUCACAACUCUGUGUGUCCACCGAACCAACUGCCGCCAGAGAUACUGGGAAACAUAUUUCAGCUUGCUCUCGGAAACGACUAUAGCGACAGCGUGAUUUCCAUUACGCAUGUGUGCCGCUAUUGGCGUGAUGUGGCUUUGGGUGAUCCGAGUCUGUGGCGCAAACCCGCGAGUUCCUGUCCCGAGCUCGUGACGCUGAUAACGCAGCGCAGCAAGAACUUAGGUCUUGAUCUAGUCAUCAACACGGUUCUUAGGGAUGGCAUUCGGUCACGGGACUACUUCCCCACCAGCUACAAUUACGAACAUGCUAUGGAGUGCAAGCUGGCUUAUGUCGCACAUGCCGCUUCCCUCACCCUUGUUGUUCACGACAAGAUGGACGGAUUCCCUUCAUACGUGAUGCAAAAUCUCCGGACUAAAGCCCCACUUCUAGAGUCUCUGACCAUUGGCACUAUGGAGGUCAAGGUACCUUUGAACUUGACCUCCCUACAGAGUUACUUCCCAAGGCUCAGUCGCCUGACAAUCAGUAGGCUCGUCUUCUCGCGCACUUCUGGGAUGUUCGGAAGCCUCACGUGCCUAGAUGUGUGUUCAAAUGACGGCCGGAAGGUUAUGGAUGCUCUGCAGGGCGCUCCUCUACUUAAGAAGCUCAUCCUGCGUAGCUCGAUGUCAUCACCGUGCAAGGCGGACAAGGACGCCGUCGCAAGGCUUCCUCACCUGGAAGAAUUUUGCAUGAGAGGUCUCUCGCCCUCCAUGUGCAUAGAUUUUCUAUCCCAUUUAAUUGUCGGUCGACCAGUCAGCCUGAUCCUGCGGUGCGACCACGACAACACCGAGCCUGCGCAGAUGUCAUCGGCCGCUGAGGUGGCCUGGCGGUUCCUCACGGCCAACCAUCGCACCGUCUAUCGCUUUGCCGAAGUCCAUGCCGGUGAUGACAUAGUCUGCAUACUCCGGCCUCUUCCCCCUGCACCUGGUGUUACACAUAACCCGGCUACAACCCACUUCCGUAUAGAUCUGGACCAAGGAAGGGCCUACCUUCAGGAGUGGCACCAUUACCUGCCCCUGGGAGACGUGGAAGUUUUGCGCGUCCACGAACAUAUGUUGGCGCGCCGCGAUCUUCCUGAUUGUUGGGAAACAACCGGACUUGCGAAUAAGUUCAAGUACAUGAACCAAGUUGAAUGCCUGGAAAUCACCGACAACGUCGCUCAGCACCUCAUCCCGCAUCUCGCAACGAAAGCACGACCGAGCGACCCAGGCCACCCCGCGUUGUUUCCUCGUUUGCAGCGUAUCCACUUAUACAUGGAAGAAACGCGCCGGAUCCUGUAUUGCGAGGAGGAAGGUGUAGUGGAUAUCUAUGAAGGUGUCUUCGACGUUAUGGAGAGCUACGUGAAUGAACGCCAGCGGGAGGGGGACGAGAUCGCGGAGCUGUGGAUACACGCCCUGCCCGUCACAUUGCAGAGUGACGCGCUGGACGCGAGAUUCAGGGGUCUCGUCCGCCAGCUACGCUUUUCUCAUUCUCGCAUGGAAACCUCUUCGUGCCCCGAUUUCAGCAGGGGGCAGUAA